AGAGAGAGAGAGAGGGGGGGGACCGACAGGCAGAGAGAGCAGCAGUCCGUCUCCGCUGGUGGUUCUGGUUAAAGCUCCAUCCUCGACGCACACGCAGCGCUCCUUUACCCAGUCAGUCAAAACCUGAAGGACUAUGACUGAUGGACUCAUCUCCCAACUCAAGGUGAUCCAGCUGGGAAGAUAAAACAUUUGUGACCCCUGUCUGACACCUCCUUCAGAAAAAAUGAGGACUAUCAUUCUAGCUGUUGCAUGUGUUCUCUGUCUGGGCCUGUCCCUGGAUGCGUUGUCUUUGAGUGGACGGAGGAUAGAGGCAGUAGACGGAGAGGGAGCCGAAGCAGCGAUCAGAGGAGAGAAGUUGCUCAAGCGAGUGAGACGAGGCUGGAUGUGGAACCAGUUUUUCCUGCAGGAGGAAUACACAGGCAGUGACUACCAGUACAUUGGCAAGCUCCAGUCGGACCAGGACUAUGGCAAUGGCUUAGUCAAGUACGUUCUGUCCGGCGAAGGGGCCGGCACCAUAUUUGUCAUCGAUGAGAACAACGGUGACCUGCACGCCACUCGCCGCCUGGAUCGCGAGGAGAAGGCUUUUUAUAUCCUCAAAGCCACGGUGGUCAACAAACGGACCGGUCAGAAGCUGGAGCCAGAGACCGAUUUCACCGUCAAACUCCACGACAUCAACGACAAUGAACCUCAUUUCAGCAAAGAGGUUUACACUGGCAGCGUACCCGAGAGGUCUGAUAUCGGUACAUCAGUCAUGCAGGUGACAGCGACAGAUGCCGAUGACAGUAUGUAUGGGAGCAGUGCCAAACUGGUCUACAGCAUCAGCCAGGGACACCCGUACUUUUCUGUGGACCCAAACACAGGUGUGAUCCGGACAGCCUUGGGACCUGGUGACAUGGACCGCGAGCAGAGGGAACACUACCAGGUGGUGAUCGAAGCCAAAGACAUGGCUGGACAGAGAGGAGGGCUCACUGGAACGACCGUGGUUAACAUCACCCUCACAGAUGUCAACGACAACCCUCCCCGCUUCACUCAGAGUAUUUACCAGUUCAGAGUUCCUGAGUCGUCCAAAUCCGGCACUCCAGUCGGGAGAAUUAAAGCCACCGACAGAGACAUUGGGAAGAACGCUGAGAUGUAUUUCACCAUCGUCAGCGGGGACGGCAUGGACAUGUUUGACAUCUCCACUGACAGAGACACCCAGGAGGGAGUCAUCACUGUCAGCAAGCCUUUGGAUUAUGAGAAGAAGCAGUCUUACACAGUAGAGAUCCAGGUCCAGAACACCCAGCUGGACCCCCGCUUCAUGUCUGCAGGCUCCAAAGACAUGGCCACGGUCCGGAUUGGCGUAGAAGAUGUGGACGAGCCGCCACUGUUCGACAAAGCCAGCUACCUGAUGGAGGUUAAAGAGGACGCAGCAGUGGGCGUGGCCGUGGGCUCAGUCAGUGCCAUGGACCCUGAUGGAGCUCGCAGCAUAGUCAAGUACUCUAUCGACCGCCGCACUGACAUGGACCGCCUGUUCAACGUCUAUCCGGGGAAUGGAUCUGUGUUCCUGCUCAGAAGCCUGGACAGAGAGGAGUCUGCCUGGCAUAAUAUUUCAGUCAUCGCCACCGAGUUCAAUAAUCCCCGUCAAACCAGCCAUGUUCCAGUCUACAUCCGCCUUCUGGACAUCAACGACAACGCGCCCACCUUCGCCACCGUGUAUGAAACCUUUGUCUGUGAGAGGACCAAAGCCGGCCAGCGGAUCCAGACAGUGAGCGCAGUCGAUGCCGACGAGCCGUCAACGGGACACAAGUUCUUCUUCAGCCUGGCCCCCGAGGGGAGCCACCGCAGCAACUUCACCGUCCGAGAUAACGGAGAUAACACCGCUGGCAUCCUGACACGUCGAGCCAGCUACAGCCGCCUUCACCAGAGCGUCUACCUGGUUCCCGUGGUGAUUACCGACGGCGACUACCCCAUGCAGAGCAGCACCGGCACCCUCACCGUGAGGGUGUGCACCUGCGACCGCGAUGGAAACAUGGAGCUGUGUAAUCCAGAGGCUCUGAGCAGCGCACCUGGUCUCAGCACAGGAGCUCUCAUCGCCAUCCUCCUGUGCGCCAUCAUACUGCUGAUGAUCGUGGUUCUGUUCACGGCGCUGAAACGCCAGAGAAAGCAGGAACCUCUCAUCAUCUCCAAGGAGGAUGUCCGGGACAAUGUGGUGAGCUACAAUGACGAGGGCGGAGGUGAGGAGGACACCCAGGCUUUCGACAUUGGUGCACUGCGACACCCGGAUGCCGCCGCCGCCUUGGAGGAGUCCGCCAAACAGAGGCGUGACAUCAUCCCCACCGACACCUUGCUGUACCCACCGCACCGCCGGCCAGCCCCUGCCCCCUCCGGCCUCAUCAUGCCGCCAGUCAGCAUUGCUGCACGGGACAACGGGGACGUACGCGAGUUCAUCAAUCAGAGAGUGCUAGAGAACGACUGUAACCCGACAGCACCGCCGUACGACUCGCUGGCCACCUACGCCUACGAGGGCGCGGGCUCGGUGGCCGAGUCACUGAGUUCACUGGGCUCAGCGUCAUCUGAGGCCGAGCAGGACUACCACUACCUGAGUGACUGGGGGCCCAGGUUCAGGAAACUAGCUGACCUGUACGGGGCUGAGGACAGUGACUUCUCCUAACAAACACACGCUCACCUCCAUGUCAGAGACAGGUUCAGGAAAGAUUGUGACAAAUGCAGGGCCAGAGACAGCGACGUUUGACUACCACAAUCUCAACAUUAGAGGUUGUGAACGUUGCUGAUGAGCUUUAAGGAAAACGUUUUAAAAAACAGAUGACACAAGCUACCCACACGAUGAGCCAACAGAUGUGCCGGCAGAUGUUAAUUCCAUUUAAUGGGAUAUUUAAGAACGCCACCCAAUCCUUGACCUGCCUUCACUGCACACGGCUCCAAAAAUGCUUACCAAGUCUUUCUCAAAUGGAGACAAAAGUCCUAAAUAUCUGAUUUUGUGAAUUGGGGCUAAUGGAUGUAGAAAUGUAAAUUAACCAGCACAGUUCCACCAGUGUGAACCUCUUCAAAGACUAAUUUCAGGCCUGAAUGGAGUUUUGAAUCAAAAUCGGACUGUAUUUUGUACUGAGAAUUGGACUUUUAAUACUUUGAGGCUUUGCUUUAAUCUCUCUUUGGUUACCAAAUAACCAUUCUGUGUGUGGCUUUAAACCGAAUGGAGGGAACAGGUCAGUCAACAAAACAGCAGUGUAGUAAUUCCAGGACUGGUCCACACACACUUACCUCUGCAGAUAUGGAGUGAGGAGUGUGUGGAAGAAGAGUUUUGUUUUUUAUGUUUGGUUUUUUUGACUAAGUGCCCUUCUGCUGCCCUUCCAGCUGAACUGUGGAUGCCUGUGGGCUGGCUGAGACUGGGGGGGGCUAAUGACUCUUACAUUAUUGCUUUUUGUCUUUUUUGCUGUCUUGUACAAAUGGACCAUUCCAGAGGAGCUGUUCUAAAGGAUCCUCUCUAGGAAAUCGCCUUCUUCGGAACACAGAGUAAAAAGAGGACAACUCACGUGACUAAAUGCACUGAUUUCUUUAUGUUUAUGCAGGUUUUUAGAUUCUUUUUUGUUGAUUCCUAUUGUGCUGAUCACAAAAAGAAGAUAUAUGUUCAUGGCAUAAUAUCUAGAUUUUUAGCUCUUGAUUAAGUGUAUAUUGUGUCAGAAAUGUGGUUAAACUGAGUUAUAUUGGAAGUACACAGUUUUUACUGAAAUCUUUUUCCAUCCAUCCAUCCAUCCAUUAUCUUUAACUGCUUAGCCUUUGGAGGGUCACAGGGGGCUGGAGCUGGCUUUUUUCUAUUAUAAAGUACAACAACUUCAGAUAUCAGACAUUUGUUGAACAAUGUUAAAGUAUUUGAAUUAAGAAUAUGCUUUAUAUUUACAUGAGGGACAUGGUUUAAUUGACUUGCCAAACUCAAUGAUAACAAUGCUUAAGCCAUUUGUAAGGCAAACAUUGUGAUUUUGGUGCACUAAUCAAUGUUUUUAUAACAAUGGAUCAAUGGAUGACUGCACAUAAUGUGAAGGGAGUCGACUGUAGUGACCAAAUUUCAGAGAAUCUGCGGUUCUACAGAGUGUUUUAGCGUCUUUUUAGCUAUUGUUUUGGUUUACCGGCCCGUUUGGUUAGUUUUUGCUGUUUCGAUUCAGUCUCUUGGCUCUCAUCGACCUCAUUUCCUGCAGCAGGGAUCUGUUUUCAGCACCAAACAGCAGACACAGCGACAGAGCUAAAAGGAAAAUGGAUAUUAGACUCAAAAUAGAUGCUAAUGUUGCUCCCUAUCUGCUGAAGGAAAGCAAUCAUUUGCUAACACGCCAGCCAUAACCAGAAUAAUUUGAUAAUAGGUUGAUGUUUUGUAAAAUCAAUUCAAUAUUUUGGGAGUCGCUUAGCUUAUCUUAGCCAAACAGCUAGCCUGGCUCUGUCCAAAGGUAAUGAACUCCACCCACCAGCACCCUGAAAGCUCAAUGAUUAACACAAUGUAGCUCAUUAUUUUCAAUAUAAAAACCAAAGUAUAAAAACAACAAGUUGUGGUUUUAUUUCUCUUCUCUAUUUCUUGGCUGGGAGCAGAAUCUCUCCUGGUUGCCAUGUCGACAUACUUUUUUUUUUUUUUAAACGGGGAUAAUCAAACCAUCUGAGAAUUGAUUUGUGGAUUCGACACUGUAAAUGUGAAAAAUAGUGGUUUAUCUUUAGGCUAUUUGAUUCUACUGCCUUAGUAGUAUAGUAGUAAUGUUACCAUGACAACAAGUCCACACUCACCUGUUAGCUUGCAGGAAGGCACCACUGGAACGGAAGCCUAUCAGUUUUGCAACGUUAGCUUAGGAUUUGGCUCUGUGGAGUGUGUUUGAAUUAAAGAAACGCAUUCAUCGACCUUUUGAAAGCACGAGCGUCUGACUUCACAGCCUUUCAGUGACUGCUAACCUCAUGUUCAGUUCAGUUUCUAUCCCACUCGUACCCGUUUUUUUUCCUGUUUGCUCAGUUUGAGGAUAUGAUGAACAAAGUACACUCUCUGCUUUGUCUGACACAAGAGAAAAACAAUAGCUUUCCUUAUUUACUUGUUUAUUUGCUUCGUUUUAUUCAGCCCACCCCUGUGUCCCGUUCAGAGACGUGAGGUUUUGUUGUUAAAUGUUGUAAUUAACCGACACUGGAGGGCAGCAUAUUCAUCACUGGUUUGAUGUCACAGUAUUGAAGCAAAAUCACAACAGUCAACCUCAGUGCUACGUUCAACAUUUGUUUCCAAGUGAGGAAUGAAGUCCAAUCAUUUCUGAUUCUAACUUUUUGUUAUUCUGAUCUGACAUCAGGACUGUAUUGUGUGUUUUGGCAGUUCCAGUAAAAGCAGCAGUUUGUUGCAGUUGUGUUUUGUGACCGUGGUCUGCUCUGAAGGCUUAAAACAAACAUUUCCACAUAUUUUUCUUUAUAUUGUAACUCAUUCUUUUUGUACCAGAUAUUUAUAGGACACAAUGAUGAUAUUCUUGGAGGGGGAAAAAAAUCAAAAAUACCAUCCAGCUUCACCGCUUUUUUAAUGUAAUUUUGGAGGUGUGAAACUCGCUGUGGGCAGUCUACCGUCCGUAUAUGAUGUACUGUAUUAUCAAGUUGUUUAAUUUUAUCAAAAUAAACUUUUACAGUGAAAGUUUGAGGUUUUUU